UUUUGUUGACGUCUCAGUUUUUUUGCACGUCACCUAAAUGAGAAUCGUCUUUUUUCAUAUCUUAUCUAUUUGAUUGAUAACAAAGAUGGGUAGUGAUUGGGAUGAGAUCAAGCGCUUGGCCGCCGACUUUCAAAAGGCGCAGCUUACGUCGACGCUGCAGAAGCUCUCGGAGCGAAACUGCGUGGAGAUCGUAACGCUGCUGCUGGAGAAGCAGAUGCUGGAGGUGGUGUUCACCAACGAUGGCAAGGAGUACAUAACACCGGAUCACCUGGAGCGCGAAAUCCUAGAUGAGUUGUAUGUGAACGGGGGACGAGCCAAUUUGGUGGAGGUCAGCAAGACCCUUAACGUGGAUUUGUCACGUAUUGUGGGUCUAGCCGACCGCAUAGCGGCUGAAAAUCCACACAUACACCUGGUCCUGGGCCAGCUCAUCGACGAGGAUUAUAUCAGUCACAUUGCACAGGAGAUUAACGAGAAGUUGGCGCUGCGAGGAGAGAUCUCCAUAUCGGAGUUGGCUUCCCAGUUCGACCUGCCGUCUGACUUUCUGCAGCACGACGUGGUGGAAAAGCAUUUGGGCAGGAUCAUCAAGGGUCGCCAGGAUGCCACCAAUCCGCGUGUGUUCUUCACUCAGGCCUACAUCCAACGGUGUAAGGCAAAGAUUCGAGGAGCUCUGACUGCCAUAACGAGGCCAACGAAUGUGGCUGUAAUCCUGCAGCAGAUCGGAGUUCAAGAGAAGAUCUUCCACUCGCUGCUUGACGAGAUCGCGCCAGCCGGCCAAGUGACCUCCAAACUGGCCAACUCCCAGUACGUUCCGCACAUCUAUGCCAAGACGCAGGCGGACUGGGUGAACUCGUUUUACAAGCAAAACAGCUUCCUUGAGUAUGAUGCCAUCCAAAAGCUGGGUAUUUCGGAUGCCAAGUCCUACAUCCGCAAACAGUUCCCCAGCGAAGAGUUCCUCUUCCUAAAGCGUGUGGCCCUUGGUGCUCGACUUGUGGAGCUCACGGUGGUUACGGCGUUAAACGAGUGCAGUGCCACCAAGCAGUACUUGGAUCUGUCCACCAUUUUGCCUUCCAAUCUGUCAGAGGAGGACAUCGAGGAGGUUUUUGGCGCUAUCAUGGCACAAAAGCACAGCAACCCCAGCAACUUUGUGUACCUGGACAGCAUCGUGUUCUCGCAACCGUAUCUUACGCAGCUGGUUCAGCCCUGCCAAGCGCUGGCAGAGUCCCAGGCCAAGAUGGCCAUCGACAGCGGCACCUACCAACAGUACAUCGUGGACAAGACGCUGGCGCAGAAGGGAAGCGUUUCGACCCAAGAGCUUGAGGACGAUGGCAAGUUGGACAAGCGCGACGAGCGCAGGAAGAAAGCGUCUUCUGGCAAAGCAGGCGGCGGAGCUCAGGGGCGUGAGACAAAAACCAAGUCCACAAAGAAGCAUCAACGAGGCAAGGCGGCAACUCAGAACGAUAGUGAUGACGAUGACGAGGUACAGCAAAGCUCUCGAAGUGGCGGAAAUAAGAAGGCAAUGAAGCAAUUGGAACUAGUCAAGACUGCCGAUAUUGUCAAGUUAAUUAGUAGCAGUCUGGAGGAGGAGGGAUUAGAACAUUUGUCCAAAUCAAUUGCUGCUCUAUAUACGAACCAAUUUAAUCAAGCAGCCUUAUCACGUGCACAAGAGUUGUUUGAGGCCACACCACAGACCAACCGCCGCCAGACACACGCCGCCAUACAGGAUCGCAUAAACACGCUGCUGAUAGAUAUACGGCUUUACGAGAAGGGUUUGAAACUGUUCCCCCAAGACACGCAGUCCCAGUUGGUUAAAUAUCUGCUCAAAUCAUUGGGCAAUGAUAUAUGCAACGAACUAUCGCUAUACGUAGCCAGCGAGUGCAAUCUGACUGUAAAAAAUACAAACCUGAACGUGGAUCAGCGGAAUAAGUUGGCUCAGGAAUGCGAUGCCCAGUACCGAGCAGCGUUGUUGGAACAGAACAGGGCCCUGAACAAGACCAUUGACGAUUUUGAACUGGCCACGGAAGCGGUGCUAAAGACCUGCAGCAUGAUUAUCAAGAAGGUGGACAAGAAAAAAGAUCGCCUUCUGAUCGCAGACCACAAGAAGAAGCUACAGGAGCAGCUACUCAAUUGCCAGGAGCCGGCACUGCUGCUGCAUUUGGCCGCUCUAAUACUCUUCACCACGAUCAGUGGCAGCAUUUUGCACGCGUCCGGAAAAUUUGUAUCUGCCAUCCUGCAGCACAUUCGCGGAUCACUGAACGAGCCACAGAACGCAUUGUUGCUCCGAUAUCACGAUCUGGUCCUCCAAGUUUUGCAGGCCAAUCCGGACAGCAGCGAAUCAAAGAUCGCCCACGAACAGUUACUUGCCAUGCAGACGGAAGUUGUCGAGCUGGCGCAAAAUUUCACACGCGCCUCCGUCUCCAAGGCAGAAUGAUUAUGAUGCAUCUAUGUUCGCCUAAGCUUCCAAAGCAUUUCUUUGUAUCUUCAUUGACAUCGGGUCUGGUCCGAAAUAGAUUUUGCAAUUGUUAAAUUUUCAUAGUUUAUAAAUGGUUUUUAUUAUUGCUAUGCAUGAGAGUCGCCUAAAUACAAUCAGUAAAGAUACAAAACGAUGAGCCUUAAA